AUGGACGAAGUCGAUGAAUAUGGUGAGGACGUGGAAACUUUGUGCAACUAUGUGCCUUUAAGAAAAGUGAUACCUUUUGAAGUGAAAUAUUGGCGCUGCUCGGCUGGCAGUGGUCUGGGCGACAAUUACAUGUCGGUAGUUAAACGUAUAGAAGUGAGCACGCAUGAAUUUGACGGCCGCGUGACGGAGCGCAAAGGUGCACAGUGUUUUAGUUUCAUAGUCAAAAGGCAAAUUUUAAGUCAAUCGCGCCGCCUUCUGUUUCGUUGUGAUGAAGCAUUUUACAAUGAAAUAAAUGCCUAUACUCAUGUGAUACCAGCCCUGGAAAAAUAUUUCAUCAAUGGUGACACAGUAUUUCCACAAUGCUAUUAUGCCGGCACGGAUAAGAAAGGCGAGCUGAUAGCGUUGGAGGAUCUGAAGCAGCUCGGCUAUCGCAUGCCAAAUCGUUUGUUACCGUUCGAUCUUUAUCAUUGUGAAAUAGUUAUGAAGGAACUCGCUAAGUUACAUGCUACAUCUAUAGCGGCUAAGCAUUUGGAUGACAGCAAUUUUCGUGAGCGAUUUGCCAAAGUUAAUGAAAUUGUGUAUUGUGAGGAGGCGGAAAGUUUUUACGGCAAUUUGCUCACAUCCUCAAUAGAGGAAUCAUUGAAGAGUUUACGUGAAUCAAAUGUUGAUGGCAGCCUUUCCGAUUCAAUUUGUAUGAUAGAGCAAUUAAAAGCUGAAUUGUAUCAAAAAAUAAUGUAUAGUAUUAAAAAUGCCAGCGAUUCUGUUAGUGUAAUGUGUCAUGGUGAUUUGUAUGUCAACAACAUCAUGUUUAAAUCCAACAUGGAGGAUGACAACGCAUGCCGGGGACCGAAAGCAGUUAAAUUCUUUGAUCUACAGGCAAUGCGUUACACUUCGUUCAUUUUUGAUAUCCUUCAUUUUAUGUUCACCAGCACGAAACGCGAACUUCGUGAUGCGCAUACGCAUCGUUUGUUGGAAACCUACCGUAGCGCUCUGCACAAUCGCUUGGAACAACUUUUAGUUUCUCGCGAGCACUUAGAGUCAAUACGAGAGACCUUUUCAUUGGAAAAUAUUACUAAAGAAUUUACUGCACAUGCUCUGUACGGUUUAGCGGUUUCCAUGUGGGUAUUGCCUGCAGUUACAUUUGAUCCUAAUAAUAUACCAAAUUUAGAUGCCAUCAGUGAAGCAGUACCAAAUGCCAACGAAAUAAAGGUUACACAAAAAUUAACCGACGAGUACCAUUCUAGAAUAAAAGAUCUAGCGCUAGAGUUUCAUCAAAACGGCUACUUUGGUACUUGGUUAGAAAAAUAGUUCGAGGCACACAUGCGUAUACCUAUAUGCAUUUAGUUCAAUUUAGCAACAAUUGUAUACUUUAAGUAGCUGACAAAGGUAUGUGAUUAGCGUUAUUUGCUCUUUGGUUCUGAAAGCAACUACCAAAAUGACUAAAAUGCAAAUAUAUAUUUUUUAAAUAUACUGUGUAUAUAUAUAA